AUUUAUUAGUCGUGAAUACGCUUUCGUGGCAGAAAGAGCGCGCGUAGUUUGUUUAUCGUUUAGCGGAAUUUGUCGACGAUUGCCGUUAGUUACGCGAUAUUAUCGUGCGGAGAGCCGUGUGGAAAGCACGUCGAUCGUCGAAGAUCGAAGUGGCACGACAGGCUGUUAGUGACGAGUAAGCCGGACGAGUUCGCUUCAGACUUCGCAGUCGUUGUCGUUGUCAAUUGUCGUUGCCACCUGUUGCACCGAGGGCUGGGGGGAGGGGGUGGUGCGGUUCGGGUAUUCCGCACGGUUCCGGGCUAGCGGCAGCGAUGUAUCCUUCAAAUCCCAACGGCGGCGGUUCGGCCCCCGGAGGAGUUCCCGGCAAAGAGGCCGAGGCUGCGGGGCUAACGGGGCCCUCCUCGGCGUCGAGUGCGACGGGCACGGAGGGGCACCAGUCGUCGAAUCCGUCCGCACCGCUGCUGCCUUCGAGUCCUUACAACCCUUCGGCGAUACCGCCGAACCUCGAACCGCCGCCUUACAGUUCGGUGGUCGGGCAAGACGCGGGUUUCGGGGACUGGAAGAAUCGUUCGAGUUCCUUUUCGGGCGGUACGAACAACCCGAGGCCCUACCCCGGCUCGCCGCAGUUCAUGAACUCCUCGAAAUCGACGUCGGGACUCGACGCCAACGAUCCCCCGUAUCCCACGGGACCCCCGACGGCGGCUCGAGCGCCUUAUCCCGCCAACGGCGGAUACUCACCGUACUCGCCCGGUUCCGUUCCCCGGGUGCAGGUCAACCCGCCCUACCCUUCGGGAGCCGGUUACUCGCCCGCCGGUCAGCCUCCCUAUCCCACGACUUCGAUGCCGAUGCCCCAGUCGGUGGAACCUGAAAGAAAAAUCGGUUUCACCGUACCCGUUACCGAAGAACCGAGAACGAAUAUCGGUCAGAGCAACUCCGCGGCGCCGCCGGUUUUUCAUCCAGCACCGAUCGUCGCCAAUCAACCGCAACAAAUGCAAGCCGGAAUGAUCUAUCCGUCUCAGACAGUUUGGCGACCGUCGCAACGAACGAGGUUCAUCGUGUUCCUCAUGGUGGUGGCUUUCAUGAUAAUCACGAUGGUAGUCUUCGUUUCGGUCGGCAUGUCAUCAGUCGCCAAAGGUUUACGACGUUAAAAAAAAUCAGAGUUCUUCCGAGAGAAAAACUAUAUUCGAAUAAACGAUACUACAUAUACGUAUAUAGAAGAUCGACAUCUGCGAGGAAGAUCCGCAUCGUUCGAACGCUAAUCACUAUUCGAUUGAACGACUUCGUUAGCAUCUCCGAGCAUCCAGAUCGGAAGAAUGAGAAAAAAGAAAAAAUGAAAGAAUGAAAAAAUCGGUGAAAAAUAGAAUCGAACUCCAUAGUUUCUUCGAACUCUCGUACCAAUUACGUCGUAUGAUCGAAAAAGAAUAAGAGGAAAGUAUAUCUCGUUAAUUCGAAGUCGGAGGAAAGGUCACGAUACAGUUAACGGGAUUCCCGUUCCCCGCUUUUCAACAUUUGUGGGGAACCUUUUUUUUUUUUACCGUUGCAUUUCCACCGAUUCCAUAUUCGCAAAUUUUAUACAAUGCACAUUCGGGUAUCGCGUCUUUCCCUACGUUGUUCACCUGUAUUUAUAUAAAACAUCAGACGAAGCGUGAAUCCAACGAUAAUUUUCCACUAGCUUGUAUUUCUCAUGAGAAUUUCACCACUGAGAUUACAAAAGGUAUCUUCCGCGGUACGUAGCCGCGUUCGCUUACACCCGUACGCGCGAACACACCAACGUUUACCAAAGUCCGCGCGUGCGGCGGAAUUCGCGUUUCGGAUUCGCGAACGAACACAGCUGCGGAACACCGGGGCACGAACUUCUUCGUAAAUCAGUGUCCGAGGACGUUUUUUUUUUUUAUAAUUUUAUAAUUUUUUAAUUCUUUUUUACCGAUCCCUGAUCCGCAGCACUCCGACUCGAUUGAAAUAAUUAGGGGUAGUUUGUCGUUUAAAAGUAAAAAAAAGAAAAAAAAAAAAAAUUCUUCGAUCUGAUAUACAUGUUUUCUUAACUCGUCUUAAACCUUGAUAAUAAUUAACGGUGCGUACAUUGAAUUAAAACCUCGCGACGCAGAGAGCGUAUAAUACGUGGGUAGAAAAUAAAUGAGAUAAAUUACAUAAAUUAUUACGUUACCUCAUUUCAUACUCGCAACGCCCCGUUACACGGCGAAUUGCCGACGAAAUUAAUACACUGUGCGUUUUUUUUUUUGUUUUUUUUUUUAUA